GUUGGUAGACUCCUGGAAAUAUUCAACAUACUGGGGUACUAGGGUAUUAGGAGCUGUGUGAAGCAUAGUUAAACUUGUAGAGUUCUGAAGCCACUUUAGCAGCUGUAUAACCAGGGUAACAGUGUAAGAGCAGUUGAUUAGAAGUAUAGGGAGUAUCAAAGUUUUAAAGCCCAUAGCGCUAUACCAGGAUAAGAACCGACGUAGGUGUGAAAUAUGUGGGACCAGGGUUGCAGAAGUCUGCUUGUGCUGCUGCUAUGUGGUGCGGUGGUUGCAGAGAAGUCGAUCGUCAUGAAAGACGUCACGAUGGGAUUCGGAGAAGCCCUGGAGAAGUGUAGAGAGGAAAGCCAGCUCUCUGAAGAGAAGAUGGAGGAGUUCUUUCACUUCUGGCGCGAAGACUUCAAGUUCGAACACCGCGAGCUGGGCUGCGCCAUCAAGUGUAUGAGCACCCACUUCGACCUGCUGACCGACUCGCACCGCAUGCACCAUGAGAACACUGAUAAGUUCAUCAAGUCUUUUCCUAAUGGUGAGGUCCUAGCGAAGCAGAUGGUGGGCAUCAUCCACGAGUGUGAACAGAAAUUUGACCACGAGACCGACCACUGCUGGCGGAUCCUGCGCGUGGCUGAAUGCUUCAAGGUCACCUGCAUGACCACCGGCAUCGCGCCCACGAUGGAGAUGCUGAUGGCUGAGUUUAUUAUGGAGGCGGAGUAGACCGGAAGAGUGCCACGACCACGACGCAGGCUUAGCGAGUAGAUCGGAAGACUUAAGGAACUAGUAUGGCAUGCAAACAGCGCUUAGCGCAUGACCAUUAUAGGGUAUAUUAAUAGGGUA